AAAUCUGUACCAGUUCCAAAUUUGCCAAGAAAUAUGAGAGGUGAGGUGAGACAAGACGGGAUGAGAUGGCCUCCCUCAUGCUAGCUACCACUGCUGCACACUAGCUAUAGGAGAGGUGAGGUGACUAGCUAGCUAGCACCAGCAGGCCACAGCCAGGGCACAACCAGCAACUGCAACUGCCACUGCAGCUGCAUGCAUCUGUACUUGGUGGUGAGAGGGAGGGAGCUUUAAGCCUAGUCGUCCCCUCGACCCCUCGGCUCGGCAGGCUCUUACUUGCAUGGUCCCCCUCCUCUCCGACCUCACCUCACCUCACGGCGCCCAUCCCCUUAAAACUGCACCAACUCGUAGCCAAAUUCUUGAGCUCUCUCUCUCUCACACACACACACCAACACAUCGAAGCUUGUCGCCUCACAACCUACGACGGAGCCAUCUCGCUCGAGCUAGGUGGAAUUCUUGGGGGGCAGCUAGCCAGCAGCCGGCCAUGGCGAAGCCGCAGGAGGUGCGCAGCGUCGACUCCUUCUCGCAGCUGCCGUUCAUCCGGCCGGCCCCGCCGGCGCCGGCGCCGCGGGACACCAUCCGGCUGUUCGGCUGCGAGUUCUCCAACGACCAUCAGGCGCAGGCCAAGCAGGAGGCCGCCGCCGCCGCCGACUCCCCGGACGCGGCCAACGGCAGCACGGUCACGUCGUCCGAGAGCAACGCCAAGCAGAGCGUCGGCGCCUCCGCCGCGGCCGAGAGGAAGUUCGAGUGCCACUACUGCUGCCGCAACUUCCCGACGUCGCAGGCGCUGGGCGGGCACCAGAACGCGCACAAGCGCGAGCGCCAGCACGCCAAGCGGGCCCACCUCCAGGCCUCCCUCGCCAUGCACCGCUACGUCCCCGGCCACAUGUACGGCCUCUUCAACUACCACCACCACCUCGGCCGUUUCGACCAGCCGGCGCCGCUGCCGCCACCACCGCCGGCGCACUACCCGAUGUGGACCAGCGCCAGCCCGCCGGGUCCCUACGGCGGAGGGCCAGGCUCCAUGUCGCAGCCGAUUAACGGCAGCCCGGUGCCGGGGCUAUGGAGGAUGCCGCCGACGCCCAUGGAGAAUUUCGGCAUGACCGGCCGGCACGGCGCUGACACGGCGGCCAUCCUGGUCGGGCCGGGCGGGGAGGCGGCGUGCAAGGACGAGAAGGCGGUGAUGAGCUUGCUGUCCUCGUCUCCCUCGCUCUCGUCGUGCUCGUCCACGUCGCCGGAGAAGCUAGGUAGGUAUGAAUUGGGCCAAAAGGAGAGUGUUAGCUUGGACCUCCAUUUGUAAUUCUUGUGUUUAUUUAGGUUUCUUCUUGUGGAUUAGCAUCAGUUGCAAGUGCAUGUUAAUUCUCAUAGUUUCUAAAUAAUCUCUACGUACCCUUUUUGCCGUACGUCUGAAAUUCAAGUUUAACAGGAGCUUCCUAGCCUGUGGCCCUUUAACAAGUGAUGAGGAUCAGAAAGAAGCUUCUAACUUUGUUACAACAAGAACAAAAUAUAGUAAAGAUACGCUUGUUUAA